CAGAUCGCGCAAGAGCGCGGCCAGAGCGGCGGUAGGUUUUUUUGCCGGCCGGUUGCGACAGGGAAUCCUGGAGUGAGAUACGCACGUACCGAGAACGAUGGCUGAUCCUUUACGCCGGACUCUCUUCGCCAAACUGAGGGGCAAGAAGUCCAAGAAGUCGGCGGGCGUCGGGACGAGGAGCCAGGAAGGUAAAGCGAAGCUUCCCGAAGAGCGGCGGCAGCAGCAGCAGCAGCUACAACCAGAGGCCGGGCCCGGGGUAGUGGUGGUUGGCGGUGCGAAAGUUUUAGCGGGGUCGGGGAACAACGCAGGAGAACAGCAGCAACAGGAGGAGGAGGAGGAGGAUGAAGAAGAAGAGGAAGAGGAGACCAUCAGGAGGAACCGGUGCGCCGCUACCGCCAGCGACCCGGGGUGGCAGAGCCCGGUGCGAGCGGACGAGCCCCGGCUCGAAGCCGCGGGGUGUCAGCCGGAGAGUGGCGGGGGGCGAGUAGCGGCGUUGGGGGGAGGGGGACAGGUCUCCCCUCUACCCCCCUCUGCUCCCCUACUGUCCCCCGGCCGUAGGCAGUCCGUGCACUCGCUGGACAGCCAGGAGGACGAUUACUACGACAACCCGUGCCUGCGGGGCUGCGAGCGGCCCCCACCGGGAGGCCCGGCGCUCCUGCCCGCUGCCCCCUCCCACAACUGUGACUGCAGCAGGCACAGGAAGCACAGCCUCGACAGCGCCCAGGAGAAGGAGAGGCUCAGGACCCAGUUGCACGAAGCCUAUUACUUGCUGAUCCAUGCCAUGCAUGACAUGCCGGUGGAGAACCCUGCCCGCCAUAGACUGGGUGAUGUGAGCUGCCAGUCGCAGGAUAGUGUCUGCACCCAGUCGUCAGUCAGGGCUCUAGACAGUGAUGCUUGGUCCUCUGAUGAGAUUAGCCUGCAGCAACAGGUAUCCGAUGGGGAUUCUCUAUCAGGUAAACGCAGCGGGUCUCCCAGGAAAGAAUUUGCCAGCAAAAGCAUUGGCAACCUAGUCAGUGGGGUAGUUAGACCGCCCUUGCCACGAUCAGUAAGUGAUGGGGUUAUUAAUUAUUCUCAUGUGCCCUGUCUCGCUGACUCUGAUGUGGAAUGCGAACAGUCAGAACACGGUAUGCUGAAUCCUGCCUUCAGCAGCCUUGGAAACGCGGGCCAGGCUUCCUACAAUACUGGGAGUUCCAGUCCCAGCUCCUCGCCCUGUGCCCUUCUUGCUUCAGUGUGUGCACAGGAUGCAGUCCAGCUUUAUGAAGGUAGCCCAAUGUUGCUCAGUGACUCUAGCUUUGAAGUGAAUAAGUUUAGAGAUUCCAGUGACAUGGUCUGUGGAUCAUGUGACAAACAUGAUAGCCAGGGAUGCUCUUUAAAGCCACCUGCGGUGACAGUCAACAAAAUGCAAGAAUGGAUGCACAGAGGACGCAUGCUGUCCUUGGAGAUGAAACAGCGUAUUAGUGGGUCUGUCAGAGUCAGUAUGCCAUCUGGUUCACUGUCAGGGCAGGCAACCAACAAAGAAGUAGAAGUACAGAAGACCAUCUUCCCUGCUUCUGUAAGAGUACAAGGAAACAAAUCAGCACCGUUCCCUACCAGCCAGAGUCUCUUGCUGACAGACUUCACUGAAAGUAUUCAUGCUCCUUCCAUUAUCAAGACAGAAUUGAAAGUUACGGAUGCUACUGAACUCAACAAUCAUAGGCCACACAUAAACAACAUUACGGUGUCCAAAAAACGAAACUGGCUGCAACAAUGCACUGUCAACCCUCAUUCAAGUGAAGAGACUAAUGCUUCUGUAACAGUAGAGCUAACAAAUCAUGCAAGUAAUCCAAGUCCCUUACACGAAAGCAAGCAGCAGACUGCAAUUCUGCCAAGAGAACAUUUCCGACAAAAUGAUCCAAAGCAUGUUGAAGAGAACACUCUGAAUCAUAAUGAAGAAAAUGAUGCAGAUGAUGAAGGGGAAAUAUGGUACAAUCCUAUUCCAGAAGAUGAAGAAGUUGAUCUAUCACAUGUGAAACUUCCAGUUGCCCUUAGGAUUUCUGUGGCUAAAAUUGAUAACCCAAUCAGUAGCUUGCCGAUGAAGCAAUGUUUAUUACCUGCUGGUGAUUUGAUUCAGGGACCAAUUAUCUUGAGGACCUCUGAAAAUUGUUCUGAAAAUAUACAGGAAUACCAGGUAGUUCCAGUGAAUGAUGUGAAUCGGGGAAAUUCUGUGAAUUCUACAAAUUCCACAAACAAUGGGCAGCUGCAUAGGCAGAUGUGUGUGUGCAAAUUUAAGAGGGGGGUGAAUAUGGAGGAGAUCUGUGUCCAUAGGCCUUCAGCUUCAGUAGCUGCCACUGAUCCUCCCAAUGGUCCUGUCUGUGCAGUUGCAGUAGUAGCGACAGCAGCAACAACGACUGAGCUUUCUCCGCCCUCCAGCCCUAACCCUUUGAAAAAGGGAACUGCAAUUAAUUGGCCCUUUCCCGAAAAGAUAAAAUCUCCAAGGACUGUGAGGAAGCUCUCGAUGAAAAUGAAAAAACUUCCUGAACUCAGCAGAAAAUUGAGUGUUAAAGGGACUUCAAGCCAUAACUGUAAUGAUAAUUCAUCACCCAAAGGCAACCAUGGUUCCUCGUUAUCUCCUGGGAUUGCAACUAAUGCUGCUAGUAGGAAUGUCAUCAGCCGUUACCACCUGGAUACAAGCGUAGUAUCUCAGAACUACAAAAAGAAAAGUUCAGGAAACUGCAAAUCAGCUAGCAAGGGUGGCUACCUUAGUGAUGGCGAUUCACCAGAACUUGUAGCUAAAUCGGGUAAGCACUCCUGCGAAAACAGACCUGUGAAGGGGAGCAUUGCUUCAACCCCUCAAAAAACACACAGUACAGACAUUGAUAUUGAUGCUUUCAGGCAUUACAGCUUUGUGGAUCAGCCUAAGUGUUCUCAAUAUAUUUCAGGACUAAUGAGUGUACAUUUUUAUGGUGCUGAGGAUUUAAAGCCGCCAAGAAUUGAUUCUAGAGAUGUAUUCUGUGCCAUUCAAGUAGAUUCAGUCAACAAAGCCAGGACAGCCUUAUUGACGUGCAGAACCACAUUUUUGGAUAUGGACCACACAUUUAAUAUUGAACUAGAGAACGCACAACAUCUCAAACUUGUAGUUUUCAGCUGGGAGCCAACGCCACGUCGGAACCGUGUUUGCUGCCAUGGUACUGUUGUGCUCCCCACACUCUUCAGGGUCUCCAAGAUGCAUCAAUUAGCUGUCAAACUUGAACCCAGAGGGCUCAUUUAUGUGAAAUUGACUCUGAUGGAGCAGUGGGAGAACUCGUUGGACAGCCCAGAUGGAGAGCGGGAGCCAGUGAUGUUUGGUGUUGAGGCACGGAAAAUAGUUGAGAAGGAAAAUAUGGGCUUGAAGGUGCCAUUGUUGAUGCAGAAAUGUAUUAUGGAAAUAGAAAAGCGAGGCUGUCAGGUCGUGGGCCUUUAUCGUCUUUGUGGCUCUGCAGCUGUUAAGAAAGAACUUCGAGAAGCUUUUGAACGUGAUAGUAAGGCUGUUGGCUUAUCUGAAAACCUGUAUCCAGAUAUCAAUGUCAUUACAGGUGUCCUCAAGGAUUAUCUGAGGGAACUGCCAUCUCCUUUAAUAACAAAGCAACUGUAUGAAGCAGUUCUCGAUGCCAUGGUUAAGCAGCCCCUCAAGAUUACGUCUUCUGGAUGUGAGAAUGAUCACAGUGACUCUGAAUACACAGUUGGUCUCUUAGACUGCCUGCCUGAGGUGGAGAAGGCAACCCUGAAGAUGCUGCUAGAUCACCUGAAACUUGUAGCUUCAUACCAUGAGGUAAAUAAGAUGACCUGCCAGAACUUGGCUGUAUGUUUUGGGCCUGUACUUUUAAGUCAGCAUCAGGAGACUUCCAGCCAUUGCCAUAGGGUUUUUACAGACUCUGAAGAAUUGGCCAGUGCGCUGGACUUCAAGAAACAUAUAGAAGUGUUACAUUAUCUACUUCAGCUUUGGCCAGUGCAAAAUGAGAGAACCAAGGAUCAUGUGGAAAGCAGCGGAUCUCCUGAACUGGAGCCAGUUAAUUGUGUGAGGAGGAGGAGGCAACGACCUGCAGUCCUAAACUUGGCAAAUACUGAGACGACUGGGGUACUACGACCUAGACAGGUCAGACUUGACAGUCCUAGUAACCGCUAUGCUGGAGACUGGAGCAGCUGUGGUGAAAGUUAUCUUCUUAGAGCAAAGGAUGAUAGCAUAGAUGCAGACUAUGAUGAUGUUCCUUCAGAAGAUACUGGAAGUGAAGAGGAAAAUACAGCAGCAGACAGGACCAGUUGUAUGAUUGAACUGCAUGCAGAGCCCAAAUCCAAAGAGCAGACAUAUGAGGCCCAUGUAAGGAUGCAGAAGAUUAAUCCAGCACUUGAACAUAGGGUGAACCUAAAAGAUCUUCAGGAAAGUAUUGACACACUAAUUGGAAAUUUAGAACGUGAACUCAGCAAAAACAAACUGAAUGCCACGUACUGAAAUAAUUUGUUUUAUUCUGGGACAGAAGAAUGGCAUUACAGACCCAACAGUCGUAUUACGGUUUUAUGAUGGUAGCACACUUCUAGAUAAAGAAGUAACAUGGACCAUCUUGGGUUAUCUGGCUCAUUCAGGCAUUCCAGGACAUUUGUAUGUAAGCAUUUUUCUUCUUUUUGGAAGACUCCAGCAAAUUGACCCUAGGGGUAUGUGGUGCCUUAAGGCAUUUUUAAAAAAAAUGUUCUGUAGACUGAGCAUUGUGUUCAGGUAGGAAUGUUAACUGAUGCACUUAUAAAGCAGGCUUUUAAUAAGGAUUUUUGAAGGAGAUUAGCCAUUGCCACUCAGCAGACACUCUGUGAACUGAAUCCUGAGUCAUCUUUAAGAAGCAAAAGUGUUUAAUUCCGAUCAUUCUCAAUCUUGAGGAUGGUUGCUGCUUGGCAGAUGUUUCUGCAAGGUGACAGUAUUUUUAUUUCAACAAAGAAAAAUCCAGUUAGUGACUCGCUGGUCACCUUUCAUUUGCAAUGUAAUACCAAGCUGCUAUGAAGAGACCAUUUCCACAAAAAACCCUGCACGUUUUUUUGGGUGAUGAGAAAUAUUGUAAACUGUUUCCUUUCUUGAAUAUUAACAUUUCUCUGUAACUGUAUUUAAACUCAAAUCAAAACAAAUGGUAUAUUUUUCUAAUCCAGUAUAUUUUUGAUAAAGUGUGGACACAUCAUUUAUAGUGACGCACCUACUAGAAGGCCAAAUACUGUUCGAUGUACUGCCUGGGAAAUGUAGCAUAUAUAAAUAUAUAAAGUGCACAAAGAUGAGAGCUGUGAGGAAGUUUUCUUAACGUAAUGUGGCUGAUCAUUUGCAGUAUCUGCUGUGGUAUUAUGUUUUUGUCAUGUCAGUAUUGAUAACGAAGAUUAUUAACAUAGCAUUAAAACGGGUGUUUUAUAUCAAUUGGUCCAUAUCUUUACACAGAUAGGAAAUGUGAAUGAAUAAUGACUCUUGGUUAGAACUGUCAGCCUGUUUUUGGAGAGAGUGAUUUGUGUAUAGUGUUGGUACAUUUUACAUUCAUUUUUAUCUAUUUCCGGUCACCUCUCUGUAAUGUUAACUGAAUUUCAGUUUUAAUGACAGUCAUAUGGGAACCUACAAAAAGAUUACAAUAAAAAUGUUGGUAUUCAAAUUUUAACAAUAUUACAAUGGCAUGUGGAAAGCAAAAUUUGAAAUCUGUUCAGACCAAACACACUACGUUUUUAAAAAGUAUUUUCCAUUAAAAUCUUCUAGCAAGUUGAUCGUUUGUUGUAAUCUAAUCUAUGUAGAAAGCUGCGUCAUAGGGCCUAAACAUCCAAAGAAUAUCUGACUAAAUGGAAAUCCUUGUGUUGUCCUCUCAAAGACAUUCAGGAUGGUCUCCUAAUCUUCAAUCCAGAGACAAAUAAAUGGCAAGGAGAAUCAUGUCUCAAUUUUUAACCUGGUGGAUACUUAAAACAUGAAAGGAUUGCUGGUGUGGAUGAUAUCCAUUCAGAAACUCAACAGUUGCCUGUGGUAGGGUUAGGUUUAGAGUUACCUAACCUUAACUCUUCCCAUCCCCUCAACUACCACAAUUUUGAACUGUUUCUAACUGAUGCCAGGGUUUUUGUUUACACCGAUGCACACAAGUCCAUUCAACAUUUAAAUUGUUCUGUUAGAUUCUUUUUCUCCUGUUAUCAGUUCUUAAUCGGACAUUAUUAAUUUUGGCCUUUGGCCCCACAAUUUAAUUCAAAGUAGCAUUUUGGAAAUGCCAGAGGUGGUAUUCCUGACUAUGACUGCUGUUCACUGGAUACAACUGCUGGAGUUUUAUUCCCUGGCUGUUCAGCAAUUUGCCUCAUUCGUUUUACUAGAAUCAAAGUCUCAUAGUAAUGACUGAAGUGGUGGUCAGCUCAUCCAGGUGGAUUUUCCAUUUACAUAUUAAAUAUGAAACAGAUGUACUGUGUUGCUGCUUGAGUAUACUUCCUCUUCCACACUACACCUGAGGAAGGAGCAGAGCUCGAACGCUAGCGUUUUCAAAUAAACCUGUUAGACUAUAACCGGGUGUCGUGUGAUUUUUGAUCUUGAAAAGUAAUGCAAAAAUAGUCAUGUGUUGUGUGUUUAGGUGAAUGGAUAUUCAUAUCACCUGCCCUUCCCCACUUCCUCCCCAACAUUUUUGUUGGCUCAAAAUCUUUGUAAUCUAUUACUGCCACAUUCUGACAUUAGCCUCACUGGUAAAGACUUCUUGAGUCCAACUCAAAUAGCCCUGAUGUCAAAGCAUCUCCAUUUCAGCAGCACUGUAAUAGGGUAAGAUGUUGAGUUGGUCAUUGCUUUAUCUUAGGCUUUGUUCAUUUCUUUCCCUUAGGAUUAAGCAAGUUGUGCCUUUUGGCAAAAGUUGAGGUGGCUUUUGUGGCUCGCAGUUUUUAGAAUUGUUUCCGUGUUACUCACCUUUAAUUGGUCUAGCCCCUUUAAGUUUAAAAGAACACACAUAUUCUUUGUAAAGUGGCUUUUGACUUCACAAUCUAUUAAUAUUUGACCAGAAUUAUGCAAAUAAGAUGACCAGAUCAAAUUGACUGCAAACAGCAUACUUGUAUUUGAAUUGGUGAAGGGCACCAACAGUCAUUCUGGCAUUGCCAAGGUUUUCUUUUGUAGCUUAACAUCUCGAAUAAAUAUUGAUAAUUGCCUUGAAAUUUCUAAUUCCAUAAUGUGGUAUGUGAAAAAUGAUUUAAUGUGAAGAAUAAGAAAUGCAAAACUAAAAAUUUAAGUAUUAUGCAUGUAAGAGGUUAUAUUUGGUAGACUAUGCAAGAACUGUUUGACACUAAUACUUUUAUUUUUAAACAUUUUGACAUUAAAUAUUUUUCUGAAAAAUUGGAUGUAACCUGUAACGUAUUGAAAUAUUAAUUUUUGCCAUAACAGCAUGAACUGAAAAAAAUUUGCCAGUGCAUUAAUGUCACAGGUGUGCACAUCUUUUAAAAUAACCUAUUAAUGUGUAUUCAGUGUAUAAUAUGAAUGAAUUGGGUUCUUGUGGUUUUAAUUAACAUUCCUCACAGCUUAAAGACCCUUUGUAAAAAGUUUUUCAAGCUCUAAUUUAUCCAUUGAAAAUUUUGUUCUUGUGUUUUAGUAGUCUUGUAUGCAUUAUCUGUUACACAAAAAUAUAUUUACCUUGAACAUGAUAAAGCAUUACUAAGUAUGUAAAUAUGACUUUAUGCUGAUCUUUUGAGUACUGUCUUUUAC